UCAAAUUACUCCCGAGCUGGGGCGCUUGAGAGGAGACGUCCAACACCAACGACGGGCGGUGGAGAUGGCAAUGGUAACGGAAGCAGUACGGAAGGAGAAGCAGAGGUCGGAGGCAUUCUUGUUGCCGAUCCGCCCUGCUUCUCCUUCCUGACUCUCCCACUCAAUCACGAACACCGAUACAAGACCACACAAACUCACCGACUUACGCACUCUCACACUCGUCAAUUGGACCCAGGUCCUUCAAGAUCAGCUUCCACAUUGCCAGCCCUCUUACACCAAGUGGUGUCCAUCAUGGUGCCAAAACCAGGAAGCACCUUCACUGUGCGCGACACGAGCGGAUCUGAUAGCGAUCCCUCUGAUCCCGAGGAAAUCUGGCUCUCUGCCGAUCCUGGCCGCACGACGACGUCUCUGCGAGAUUGUCGAGAGGACCAACGCUUUGGGUAUCAUAUCAAGAUUGCGUCGGAUUUCCCGCAUAAUGCCUCGACCAGCACACACACCAAUCUUGGAGCAAACGCUCGACAUUUGUCCGACAAUCUCGUCAUCACCUCCUCUGGUCUGGAAGAGGAUCCAGAGACGGGCAUCUCGGCUCGAUCUUCCAGCCUCUUAGACCAGCUUUGCGAAAUCAUCGAUGGCUAUCUGGACGAUGACCCUCGACGGGCACUGCUUCAUGGCGCACAUCUCAGUGCUCCGAAGCUUUCAAAUCGCUUGCUAGUACGUCGAGGUACAACAGAGGCACCGUUCAACUAUCUCUACGAAGAGCGAGUAUUGUGCCUCACGGAGGCGUUGUUGGAGCUCAGUCAAGAGGCUUGUCGCUGGAAACAGGCUCAGAAAACUGACUCAGGACGGCCAUUCAGAGCGCCACUGCCGACAUCGCCGGACAGCCGGAUCCUCAUCAUCUCCUCUGCUCGCGCCAACGAUUCCGGAAUCAUUGUCUCCAAACGGAUCAAGGAAGUCUCCACGCUAGCGGAUGCGGACUUCUACGUUACUGUAGGAUCUCAUGUUGUGGCCACGGUAGAGAGCGAACCCGGCUGCAGACCACACAAUGUCGGCGACCUGGUUCGCGAAAGGAGUGAUCCAUUUCGCCAGCAAGAAAUAGGGGAAGUGCGUGGCGAGACGGAGACCUUGCGCCUGCUAUCGCAAAUCUGCUCUCAGCCUACGGCAGCAGGCAGCAGAAAAGGCUUGCUGAUUGCCGACUGGGGUCGGCUCUUGCUCCCCUUCGAGCUGCGAAACAACGCUACCGAGAACGGCGGUGCCGCACGACUCACCUUUGCCUCCACGGCAUCAUGGUGCGAUGUGCUUGAGGGAGAGAAGGCUUGCAAACUGGCCGAACUGGCAAGCAGGGACGGCCUGGCCGGCCGAGGUGCCUCAAGCUUCCGCCUGCAGCAUCUCCCGAAUUCAGUGUUCUUCUUACUUGGAUGGAUACUUUAUGCUAUCGAGGAUCUUCCAGACGACUCAGACGACUCAGGGAAUUCACACAAGCCAGAGUCACAGCCACACCCGGACGCUGGAGAUUCUGUGGACGAUGAGGAAUCCGAAGAUUCUGGACCGUCUGCGAAGCGGACACGCCUGCAGGAGUGUAGUGGCAACAUUCCCUCCGAAGCUCUUGUGCUCAACGAAAGCUCUGCGAGGGACUCAGAGUCUAAAGGAAGCGCUAUCGAAAGCGAGACAGAGCGUCUUCCGCUGAUUACAGCCUACGUCUGCACAUACGGACCUAUCCUCGGCGGGACAUACGCCGACAUCCACCGCUGUGUGGUCGAUCGGGCUCAUCUGGCAGGAAGUCCUCGUGAGGCUCUCAGUCCAUCUCAAGAGAAUCAAGGCCGUCCUGCACUUGGCAUCCUACCUCCUCUGCGUCGUGGCGACUGUUACACAUACCUCAAGGUGCAGAGAGUCCCGUCAGAGCCAGAUCCUGAGGAGGACUUGCCAGAGCCCAGGUUUGAGGAGCCGGAUGGGCCACCUCUCAGCGCCGAAGACGCAAAGGGCAUCAGAGAACGGACUACGCAGGAGAUUGAAAUCUUCCAGCGCUGUAAAGACAUUCAAGGUACCGUCCUGCCGAGACUGUACGGUCUGGUCUCUCCAGAGAGCUACCCACGCUCGACGGCGCCUAAGCUCAUGCUGCAGCAUCUAGAUGCUGAGCCAGUGGGCACGUCGGAUUCCAUGUGGAGAUGUAUUUGGGGCGACACUGUCCAACAGGCAGUUGAGGCAGCCUUUUCGAAGUUACACGCUCGCCGGGUCUGCCACGAAGACGUAAAUACAUCUAAUAUCCUCAUCGAGUGGAGGAGGAAGGCCUCAGGCUCUUCCACUAGAGAGACACUGGAGAUCUCAAAGUUGCGAGAGCUGGUGCAGCAAGCUCAGCGCGAGAUGAAGCUCAGUCAUCGGGAGCUCGCUACUGCAGCACGCAAGUUGAGAGAAGAUGCUGGCUUCGACCCUGAUGGUGACUCUGGACUUGUGCCAGAGGUAUCGGAAUCUCCUCUCAGCCGUCUCCGAGAUAGCAUCAAGCCGCGCAUCUGGCUUAUUGACUUUGCCGGCUCUGUCAUCGUUGAGGAUGGUGAGAAAGGAGACGCACUUCUUACUUCGGAAGCUCGCAAGGUCAAGGAGACGAUGGAGGAGUGGGCGAGGGAGCGAUAUCUCUAAGGAAGCGGUACUGUGUCGGUAUGCUGUGACAGCAGUGCGGUCGAGGAAGGCUACACAAGGAUCGUGCUUGCAAGCUCACGGGGUGUUCUCUUUGCUUAAGUUCAAUUCGAAGAGGCGAAGGUGACUCUCUGGCCCAACCCACGAUCACAUAAAAAGGCAGCAGUACGCAGACACCAGUGGGACCAGGCUUGUGAUCAUUCCAUGUAAGGUAACAUGCACACAUGUUCGCAGAAUAACAAUGGCAUCUGACGUUGGCUGCGCCGCGGUCCACUUUGACUGAGCUGCGUGCAGCGUGGUGGUGUAAAGCCCACCAUAUUGGCUCUGGCGAAGUCGCUGGAGCAGACCAUACACUAAU